UACUGCAAAAAAACAUUUACUUUUGAACUUUUUGUCGUAUUUUGAACUCAUUCCCCACAAAAUGUCACUUAUUUCCAAAUUUAUGAAUUGUUAUUGUGAUAUAACGUGUAUUAGUCUUAUUAUCUCAAGACGUAAACAAACAAUCUCAUGACGCAAUUCACAAGUAAAAAUGUUAUUAUUUUAUUAAAAUGGCUAAAAAAUGGCAAGCUCAUCUACAAGUCCUACGACAUCCUUUAAAACAGCACCUUCAGAAAAGCAUGACGAUCAAACUGAUCGAAAGAAAACGGUCCUUGAAACACAUGGCUACUCAUUAGGAAAAAUUAUUGGAAAUGGUUCAUAUGCCACUGUGAAAAUAGCAAAAUCAGAACGACAUGAUUCACAAGUGGCUGUUAAAAUAGUAUCUAAAUUUCAUGCUCCGUCAGACUAUUUAAUGAAAUUUCUUCCGCGAGAGAUAGAAGUUGUAAAAGGAUUAAGACAUCCAAAUUUGAUUCGUUUUAUACAAGCCAUAGAAACAACUCACAGAGUUUACAUAAUAAUGGAGUAUGCACAGAAUGGUAGUCUACUUGACAUUAUUCGUCGUGAUAUGUAUAUUGAUGAAAUAAGAAGUCGACAUUGGUUUAAGCAACUAUUAGAUGCUAUUGCUUAUUGCCAUAGUUGUGGAGUGGUGCAUCGAGACAUCAAAUGUGAAAAUUUAUUAAUGGAUCAACACUUAAAUAUCAAAUUAUCUGACUUUGGAUUUGCUCGUGGUCAAAUGAAUCCUCAAGAUGGCUCGAUAAUACUUAGUGAAACAUUUUGUGGAAGUUUUGCUUAUGCUUCACCAGAAAUCCUUCGAGGUAUUCCUUAUCAACCGCAACUCUCCGAUGUUUGGUCCUUAGGAGUUGUAUUAUAUGCCAUGGUUUAUGGACGUCUUCCAUUUGAUGAUAAAAAUUAUGCACAACUUCUAAAGCAAGUAAAAAGUAGUGUAAAGUUUCCAAAAGCUCCAAAAGUAUCCUACGCAUGUCGUUUACUUAUUUCACGAAUGCUUGUACCUCAAGAAUCACGUGCUACAGUGGAACAAUUAAAAAAUGAUGAUUGGGUAGUUGCAUCAGUAAUAUCUGAUAAAAAAUCAUCACAAGGAAAAUCAUUAAAUAUAUUACCUGCGGCUAAUUCACAAAAAAAUCCAGAUGCUGAAGAACGCGAAAUAAUGAAUCGUAUGGUUCUCUUUGAUGAUCAAAUACAUAAAACGAAAACAGUUACAAAAAAUCGAUUUAUGAAAUUUUAAUAAUUAUUAAUAAUCAACCAUAAUUAAUCCAGAAUUUACUCAUUU